AUUUACUUUAUGCACUUACUUCUCCUCAAGCCACGUCGACUUUCGUUCAAACUCGUUUCUUUCUAUUUUUUGGACGGACUAGCACUUAAUCGUUUGUCGCCAAUCUGCGGCAAUGGCGAACUAUCACUAUGAUGAGGCAGGCAAUAUGGCCGCCUAUUUCGUUAUUUCUGUUCUUGUUAUUAUUCUGCUGCCUGUCACACUCUCAUCACUUGCAAGCGUGUCUUCCAAACGCCCAGAGCUGGAUAAUGGGUGCCAAUGCACACCCUGUAUACAGCGUAGAGCCGACGUGAGGAAGCACCAGCGUGGCUCCCUGUUCCGACCAAAGGUUACCCUAAAGGCACUAUUAAUUACCGUGGGCUGGGCUGCUGUCGCCUUCCUCUCAUUCAAAGUUGCACAUGCAGAAAUAGAAAACAAGGUCUAUAAUCCAUUCGAGAUCCUUGAAAUCGGCACGGGAGCAACGGAGAAGGAGAUCAAGUCGCGUUUCAAAGAAUUAUCACGAAUAUAUCAUCCCGACAAAGUCAAAGCAACCAUUAAUGAGACAGUAGAGGACAUCGCUAACCGUUUCGUGGACAUUACCAAGGCGUAUAAGUCGUUAACAGACGAGACCAUUCGCCGCAACUGGGAACUUUUCGGGCAUCCCGAUGGUCGACAAGAAGUCUCAAUGGGCAUUGCUUUGCCAAAGUGGGUUAUUGAGGGCAAAAACAAUAUCUGGGUCCUCGGUGUAUAUGGCAUUCUCUUCGGUGGCGCACUCCCCACGCUUGUGGGUCGCUGGUGGUUUGGUAACCGCCAAAAAACAAAAGAUGGGAUUAAUGCAAAGACUGCUGCUGCGUUCUUCAAGGCGCUCACGGACAACAGCGGCAUGAAGGAGGUCAUUAGUGCGCUGGGCCAGGCAUACUGCUGGGAGACUACGUGGGCAGGCACUGCAGUUGGAUUAGAGGAGCUCGAGAAACAGAUCGGUGAAAAAAUGGGCGAUCAAUGGAGGGAGGUAAAGGAUCUCGUGGCUCCUGAUGGAAAAUGCGAAGGGACCAAGCAGCGGGCGUUGGUACUGUUGUAUGCGCACUUCUUAAGGUUAAAAAUCAACGAUGAGGCGCUUAAGCAAGAACAAGCCAAGUUAUUAUUGCAGUCUCCGAUACUGCUCAACGCACUGCUAGGAAUCUCGGCUGCACGGAGUUGGUUAACACCCACCUUGAUGGUGAUGCGUCUGCACGCCUACGUCACGCAAGCUCUUCUCCCUGGAAAAACUGUUGCACCACAAGCUCAAUUACCUGGCUUCGAUGGUGAUGCUGAUGAACCAGAAGGGAAAGACCUUGUCUCGUUCAUAUCACGACUCGAGGACAAUGGAGAUAUUCGGAAAACGGAAGCACGGAAGGCUGUCGAGGGUUGGAGUCGGUUGGAUGUUGUGGAUAUGUCUUUCAAGGUUAUCGGUGAACGCUUGGUCACACCGUCAUCUAUCGUUUUCCUCCUCGUCAAACUGCGUCUUCGCCAGCCACUUCAAACCGAUUCACCCUCAUCUGUUUCGGAAAAAUCAGCAAAGGCCAUUCGAGAGGACAGGGAAAAAGACGACAAAUUUUUGAACAACCGAAAGGAUGCGGAGGAUAUCGAGGGGGCGACACCUGCGUGGGCUCACGCACCUCACUGGCCAGGGCUGCGCAAGCCAGGAUGGUGGCUUGUCCUUGCUGAUGACAAGUCGAACAGAAUUGUUGUCCCCCCAAUGAAGAUCUCAGACGUACCCGCGUCGAGCCCCGGGAAGGAACGUGACUACCGCUCCUACAAGUUACAGUUCCAGGCUCCCCCUAACGUGGGCUUGUUCACUUGGAAGGUAUACCUGGUCAGCGAUACGCUUGUAGGUGAGGAGUUGUGCCGUGACAUUUCGCUCAAAAUCGAUGACAUAUCUGCACUCAAUGCGGAGGAGCAAACAGCGGAGGAUGAGAUUUCUGAUCCUGAGGAGGAUACAUUGGCCGGUCAGAUGGCUGCAAUGCGCGGAGGAACUGUAAAGCGUACAGCUGCGCCAGAGGACAGCGAGGACGAGAGUUCGACCGAUGAGGAGCAGCAUGGUGAUGAUAGUUCAGAUAGCGACUAGA